AUGUUCGCUCGUGCAAGCCGUAUUGCUAAUGCCACUACUCGCUCUACUGCCUUUGCUCGCCCAUCUUUGCAGAUGCAGCAGUUUCGUAGCAACUGGAACUUUUCGUCUGCUUUGCCCAACCUCAAGGGUAUCAAUGGCCAAACCACUCUAGGUGAAGUCUGGGAUCGUGCUUAUGUCAAGUACCAAUACAAACUCAUGUAUCCUGUAUCUGCCUGGAUCUUGUUCCUGUGGUACAAUCUCUGGAACCCAUAUGCUCCUACAUCAGAAAAGGCUGAGAAAAAGGCUCGCUUGGAUCACCUUAAAAGCCUCGAGUUCCAUCAGUCCCCUUGA